AAUAACAUCAAUGCCUAAUAAAUACUUCAUCCGUUCCAAAUUUUUUGUUUUUUUAAGAAACCAAAAUUCAAUAUAUUAAGUGAAAAAUACAUAUGAAAGAAUAAACAUUAAAAUAUCUCAACAGUUAUCUUAAAGGCACCGGUGGUAGCAAAACAAGCUUAUAAAUAGAUAUAGACUUAGGUUCAAAAGAUCAUACACACAAUCCUUUGAUUAUUCUCUUCCUACCCUUUAAUUUCUUGGCAUAAAAAUGGCUUCCAAACCUGGCAUACUUACUGAUUGGCCAUGGACACCUCUUGGGCGUUUCAAGUGGGUGAUUUUGACACCAUUUGUAGCAAAAAGCACAUACUCUUUCAUAGUGAAUGAUCCAAAGGAAAAGGACCUAAGUAACUUCCUCAUCUUCCCAUAUAUGAUGGUGAGAAUGCUACAUGACCAAAUAUGGAUCACUCUUUCUCGUCAUCGAACCGCCAAAGGCAAAAACAGAAUCGUCGACAAGGGAAUUGAGUUCGAACAAGUUGAUCGAGAAAGCAAUUGGGAUGAUCAAAUAUUGUUCAAUGCAUUUUUGUUUUAUAUUGGUCAAAUGUUGAUACCGGAUGCUUGUAAAUUACCCAUAUGGAGAACAGAUGGUGUUAUUGUAACAAUUCUUCUACAUGCUGGACCAGUAGAAUUUCUUUACUAUUGGUUACAUAGAGCACUUCAUCAUCAUUUUCUCUAUUCUAGAUACCAUUCUCAUCAUCAUUCUUCCAUUGUUACAGAACCAAUCACUUCUGUGAUACAUCCCUUUGCAGAACAUAUAUCAUACUUUGUGCUAUUUUCCAUUCCAUUAUUAACAACAGCAUUUACAAAAACAGCCUCAAUAGCAUCAUUUGCUGGUUAUCUUGCUUACAUUGAUUUUAUGAACAAUUUGGGUCAUUGUAAUUUUGAGUUCAUUCCAAAGACCAUCUUCUCCAUAUUUCCUUUCCUCAAGUAUAUCAUGUAUACACCAUCGUUCCACUCACUACAUCAUACACAAUUUCGGACUAACUAUUCACUCUUCAUGCCAAUUUAUGAUUACAUUUAUGGAACUGUUGACAAAGCUUCAGACACAUUAUAUGAAAUUUCAUUGAAGAAAGAAGAAGGUACAUUAGAUGUGGUACAUUUAACACAUCUAACAACUCCUGAAUCAAUUUAUCAUCUAAGGUUGGGAUUUUCUUCCUUAGCAUCCUCACCACAAUCUUCUCAAUGGUACCUCUAUUUCAUGUGGCCAUUCACUUUUUGGUCUGUUCUUGUCACUUGGUUUUAUGGUAAAACAUUUGUUUUGGAGAGGAACUCUUUUAAUAUGCUCAAUUUGCAAUCAUGGGUUAUACCAAGAUUCCAUGUACAAUAUCUUUUUAAAUGGCAAAGAGAAACAUUGAAUAAACUUAUAGAAGAAGCAAUUCUUCAAGCAGAGUUGAGCAAAGUUAAGGUUCUAAGUUUAGGUCUUUCAAAUCAGGGAGACUUGCUCAAUGGACAUGGUGAACUAUACAUCAAAAGGUAUCCCCAACUUAAGACAAAAAUUGUUGAUGGAAGUAGCUUGGUUGUGGCUAUUGUUCUUAACAGCAUUCCGAAAGAAACAAAUCAUGUGUUUCUUUGUGGUAGACUUGACAAGGUUUCAUAUGCCAUUGUCAAUGCUUUAUGUGAAAGGGGUACCAAGGUUACCACAAUGUACAGAGAUGAUUAUGAGAAUCUUCAGUUAAGACUCUCAUCUGAAUCAAAAAAUAAUUUGGUUUUCCCUAGAUCAAACUCUGCAAAGAUAUGGCUUGUAGGAGACCAAUGUGAUGAGGUAGAACAAAAAAAGGCACCAAAAGGAUCAUUGUUUAUACCAUUUUCCCAAUUUCCUCCAAAGAAAUUGCGUAAAGAUUGCUUCUAUCUUAGCACACCAGCCAUGAUAGCUCCCUCUUCUUUAGUCAAUGUCCACUCAUGUGAGAAUUGGCUGCCGAGAAGAGUCAUGAGUGCAUGGCGUAUCGCUGGAAUAUUGCACGCUUUAGAAGGUUGGGACGUUCAUGAAUGUGGAGAAGUCAUGUUUAGCGUUGAGAAAGCAUGGCAAGCAAGUCUUCAUCAUGGGUUUAGGCCAUUGAAGAUUAAUAAUCACCUUGCUUGAAUUAUAAGUUAUUAUGCAUAUCUUAAAUAGUAUAUAAAAUAUAUAUUUUAGUAAGAAAAAUACUAAUGUGGUCACAAUUUUUUAGACACACUAUUUAGUCACACACACCAAAAUGCAUAUCGUUUAAUUAUUUUGAAAAUACAUAUUAUUUAAUUAUUUUUUUUUAUCUUUUUCUAAGUAUAUGUGUGUGACCAAAUAUAAAGAGUUCAAAUUUGUGAUCACCUAAGUCUUUCUCUUUUAAUUCUUGUGACCACCUAAGUGGUAUUAUUAGCAAGGUUUACAAUAUAUAGCUAUUGUGAUGAAAUUAGAUUGCUCCAAUUAAGACAUUGCCUAUGUACUAGCCAUUGUGGCGUAUAAUACAUAUAAUAAAAAAUAUGUUUAAUUAA